AUGGAUGCGGACAGCGAUGUGGCAUUAGAUAUUUUAAUCACAAAUGUUGUAUGUGUGUUUCGAACCAGAUGUCAUUUAAACUUGCGAAAGAUUGCACUGGAAGGGAUAAAUGUAAUAUACAAGCGUGAAGUUGGCAAGGUGUUGAUGAAACUGAGAAAGCCGAGAAUAACUGCUACAAUCUGGUCAUCCGGAAAAAUUAUUUGUACAGGAGCUACAAGUGAAGAGGAAGCUAAAUUUGGUGCUAGGCGGUUGGCUCGUUCCUUGCAAAAACUUGGCUUUUUGGUAAAAUUUACAGAAUUUAAAGUUGUCAAUGUGCUGGCAGUGUGUAAUAUGCCAUUUGAAAUAAGACUCCCAGAAUUUACUAAGAAAAACCGCCCCAAUGCAAGUUAUGAACCUGAACUUCACCCUGCAGUUUGCUAUAGAAUAAAGACUUUAAGAACAACACUACAGAUUUUCUCAACUGGAAGUAUUACAGUAACAGGUCCAAAUGUGAAAUCCGUUGCCACUGCUGUGGAGCAAAUUUACCCUUUUGUGUUUGAAAGCAGAAAAGAAAUUUUGUAA